ACUCAUUAUCUUCUUCCACCACUCCAAAAAAAUCUGACACUCUUUGCCUUUACCCCACCGUUCAUGGCAACCAUAUGGCCUAUGUGACGUACAUCAUGUCACGGACAAAGUAAUCCUGAAACCACCUUAAUCCCAACCUUUCCCCUGUCUUCUGGUUUUCCUUUUCCGUGAAUUCUUUGAGUUUUUCAUUUACCCAAUUUCCUCUCCAUUUUUUUUACGGAGCUUUGCCGUGAAAUGGAGGCUGCGGCAGAAGUUGAUGAGGAGGCCAAUGGAGGCGGCGGGGCUGGAAAUCUUCAGUACAAUCGCCGCCGGCGCCGGAGACAGCGUCGGCGCAGGCCGUCUUUGGCGGCGAGCAGCGAGACCACGACCGACGGGAGCUUCCGCUUCACGGACUCAGACUCGGACCAGUCCUGGGCGUCGGCCGCCGGUGGGCCCUACGAGGAAUGCCGGUUUUCCGCGGCGGCUGAGCGGCUGAGGCAUAGCCGGAGAAACGCUUUCUCGGUGCAGGGGUGGGUUUCGGACGACGAGAUCGAUUUGGAGAGCGGUGAAUUGGAGCUGAAGUUAGUGGGUAAGGAGGAGGCGGAGGAGGAGACGAGGGAUUGUAGGAUUUGCCGUCUGAGCUUGUCUGGAAGCGGAGGCAUCGGCGGCGACGGGGAGCUCGAGCCUUCCUCCGGCGACGCCAUUCAAUUGGGGUGCUCUUGUAGAGGUGAUUUGGGCACUGCCCACAAACAGUGUGCUGAAACUUGGUUUAAGAUCAGAGGAAACACAACAUGUGAAAUCUGUGGUGAGACUGCAGUCAAUAUCGCCGGGGAGCAGACAACCGAAGAAAAUGAAACUAGCGGUGGAGCAGCUCUAACAGCACCAACAUUCAUUCCCGAGACCCAGCGCUUUUGGAAUGGUCGUCGCGUUAUGAACUUUCUACUUGCCUCUAUGAUCCUUGCCUUUGUCAUCUCAUGGCUCUUUCACUUCAACAUUCUCCCUUGAAGAGGGUACAGGGUGGGUUCCAAAAGCUCUUAGCUUCUCCUUUUAAAAUCAAGUCCAAAUUAAAGAUAGCUCAUUCACAUCAACUUUCAAGUUCAUUCCUUUGGGAUGAUGUUUUGUUCUGAACUGGAGACACAGAUUAGUUUGUUGUACAUAAAGAAGCCUUUUUCUUGAAGAUCCUGUAAAUGGUUACUACUCCUUUGCUCUCUUGCUAAUUAAGCUUUGCAUGAUUAGCACCUUAAUCUCAGAUUAUGAGGGGGAUGCUAACAGUUGACAAAGAAUCUGUGGUUUAGUCAUCUCUUUAGGGCCCCAUGAGGGAGAGAGUUUGACAGGUGACCAAACCUGACAUGUCUCUUUGUUCCCAAAAUAUGGCAUAAUGCUUCAAUGAAUCAUUGCUUGAUUUUCUUCCAAGGAAUCUUCUUCUUCAGCAAGCAAUGAGUCUUGGGUUUAAUCAUUAUGCACCUCUCCAUUGCAGGGUUGUUGUCUAUGGUUGAUGCCAAUGUCAAUUGUGAACUCUUGAGAGUGUUUUUAACAAAAUUGGAUUAAGCUA